AUAACUUUUCAAUGGGUUUUGAGAUUUACAGUAGGUGGGCAGACUGAGGUGCAAGAGAAAAUAUCCACUGGUAUGUACACCUAUAACUUAAGAUCAGAGGUUUUACAUCCCAAAUUUAUACACAUUACCUGACCACAAUGUAUAUAACUAUACUUGUCUGAACAUCACUGCAUCUAUACCACACUUCCUGGAACUUUGCACUUUAUAAAUGUCGUACCAGGUCUGCAAUGGAUAUGUCAGUUUGCCCUCACGUUAUGGCCUUAAUGAUGGCUAUCAACAGCAUGUGGAUAUUGGCAGGAGGUCUCCACGAUGGUUCUCCAAAGAUCUAGGGAGUAACAGGCAUGGGCUGGAGUCAACAAGAGCAUUCGGUCUGUCAGAGCUGGAGAGGAGCAUUGAGGCUGCUGGGCACUUUGAGUCAGAUAACUGGAUAGGACAGGGGAGAGAUUACAGCCGUAGAACUAUGAGUCCACGAUUAACAGACAGAGCCAGGUCUGUGAGUCCUCUGCGAGGCAUCCACUCCCUGGAAUGCAGCAGCAAACUACCUGUCGGUACAGACUAUGUUAGAAAUCUUUCCAGCCCUCCUGUCUCAAGGAGAAAUUCCCUGUCUCGUCUCUCCACCUGGUCUCCAGAGGAAUCUGGCUUUGAGGUGGCACUGAGCCGCAAGGGGUGGAGUGGAUCAGAAAUGGACCUUAGGACAUCUCUGACAGAAAGUGCCCAGAAACGUUCAGAUCUUGUACAACGCCUGAGAGAGGCUCAGGGGAACUUGGAGGGGCAAUCUGAGGCGCUCAGAAAGCGAGACAAAGAACUGGAACUAAGCAGAGCUAAAAUAGAGUUACUGGCGCUAAAGCAGAAACAAUUGGAGGCCUCUAUAUCCAAGCUAGAAAAAGAGAAGGGCUGGCUGGAAGUCUCACGCUUUGAGGACAAGAAGCAACGAGGAGAACUACAAGACAGGAUUAUUAAUCUGGAGAUGGAAGUAAUGCUGGCUAAAUCUACCUUGGAAAAUUUCAACCACACCAAUGAGUUGAUGAACCAGAAGAUAUCUAUGGGAAAUGAUGAGGUGAAUAAGGAAUUGAAGACAGCCAGGGAAAACCUUGUAUAUUUCCGAAAUCGUGUCAAAGUUCUGGAGGCAGAGAAAAACCAGGCUGUGGAGGAGCUCAGAAAAUUGCGAGAGGGGAGUCAGCUGUCUCUUAGUCAAAUGAAUGAAGCAAACCAGAGAGUAACGGACACACUCCGGACUCGUCAUGACCUGCAUGAUGAGCUUGCUGGCCUCCAGCUGAAUUUCAACAACAUAAAUCUGGAGAAAGAACUUCUGUCCUCCAAAGUAAUGAGGCUAGAUGAAAAAGUCUCAGAUCUCACUUUCAGACUGAAAGCUGCUCAAACAGACAGAGAGCGUUUUUUAAAGGAAAAGCUGGAUCUGCAUCGACGUGCAGAGGAGCUGUCUCUUGAAUUGGAAAGAGCCCAGAGAGGUCGGGAGGGGUUUAAUGACCAGGUCAGCGACCUCCAUAUUGAGCUAGUUGGGGCUAAAGCACAGGCCAACCGCCAGGAUCAAGAAAAGGUGCAGAUGAAGGAAGAACUGGGGAUGUUGAAGCAAGUAAAUGAGAAGCUAACAAUAGAUUUGGGACAAACACAGCAAAGUCUUCAGAGUGCCCUAGAGGAGCUACACCAUACGCAGGCAGAGCACAAGAUCUCCAGCAACCUUGCAGCUGCCCUGGAAGUUGAACGCAAACAACUCCUAGAGGAGAAGCAAAUGCUAAUGGCCGCUAUGGAGAACGAUGAGGAGAGCGAGAGUGUCCAGGAGCUCAGAGCUUUGCAGACACAAGCACAGGAAGAAAGAGACAAACUACAUGCCCGUUGCAAUGAGCUGGAGUUAACUCUGGAGCAAGCACAUGAGCAAUUAGGCUCCCAAAUCCAGGAGCAACAGCAGGUCACCCUGUACUGGAAAGAAAGAUGGCAGCAGACAGCUGUCAACUUGAAGAAUACAGAAGAGGUGUUGGAGCAAGAGAGAGCUCAGUGUCAGAAAGCUGCUGAUAAGAAUACAGAGUUAUUGCAGGAUUGUGAAAUGUUUCAGGCAGACAAUGAGGAGCUCUCUGAACUCAGAUCGGCUGUGAGCAGAUUAAAAGAAGAGAACAACCAGUUAUUACAGCACAACAAAGCACUGGAGCAAAAACAGCAUCUACACAACUCCUUGCAGGAGAGCCCAGAGACUAUGACUGCUCAACUGAUGGACAUAUAUAGAGAACUUCAAGAAGCUCAUGAAAAGAUAAAGGAGCUGGAGAGAGAACUGUCCGGAAAGGAAUCAGAAAUGAGAAAACUGAAGACUGAAAGUGGAUCCAUCCUUCGAAUUGAGCUAGAUGCUUGCAGGCAGCAGCUGGAACUGGAGAGAAGUCGUCGGGAGGUGUUGCAAUGUAGAGUAACGGAACUAGAGUCUAAACUAACAGAAGAGAGAAAAAGUCAAGAUAACUUUGGUAACAAGGAAAUCCAUAGCUCCAUGGUACAAUCACAGAGGUUGAGUUUGGCUGAUGUUGGGCCUGAAAUACAUAAUCUAGAACAGCAGCUUCAAAGAGAACGAGAAGCAAAGAAACAGAAAGAUGAGCUGAUACUUACACUGAAAGAGGAACUAGAAGACCUGGGCCAUAAAAAUCCUGGAGAUAUAAAGGUAUCCCUGGAGGAAGUGGACUCUGAAUUGACGCUGGUGCGGGAGGAGCUGCAGAAGGUCUGGGACAUGCUGAAGACAAAGGACACAGAGUUGGAAGAGCAGUAUCAGGAACUGGAGUCUGCUCGGGGCCAGUACACAGAAUGCAGCACUGAGAAGGUCAGACUAGAACAAUUGGUUGCCUCAUUGCAGAAACAAGUGGAAGAAAAGGAACAGGCAAUGAGGCAUCUCCAGAAGAUUAAGGAAAUGGAGAAGACAGAGAUGGAUAUUGAGAGGUCAUCACUGGAGUUAAGGCUAGCCGAGAUGCAGGAGAAGAACGAGAGCGCCCCGUCCCACAAUAUGGGGCAAGGAGCACUGAGUGGACGUUGGAGCCCAAAAGGAACUGAAACUGCAGCUAACACCCAUAAAUGUGCUCGUUGUGAGGUCUUCCUGCUGCAACUGGACAAGGCCAUUAAAGGAUGCCAAGAACGCACUGUGGAAUUACAAGAAGAGAAGAGUCAAAUUCUGGCCUCUCUAUACCAGCUGCAAGACAUUCUAAGGGACUUCGGGAAGCAGACUAGAGUAAAUGAACAAGUAGCUCAAGUCCUGCAAGUAGACAAUGAAACUCUUAAAAAGCAGCACAAGAUGGUGACUGAACAGCUGAAGGGAUUGUUCAAAGAGAAACAAACCUUGGCUAAAGCCUAUAAGAAAAUUCCUCAGGAGGAGAAGCCAGCAGAUGACUGGACGGUGAAAUCCAGAUUAGUGAAGAAUGUGUUGGGUUCUAGCAAAGCUCGCAAGGAACAUCAGGAGGAGCUCAGCAAGGAGAAUGUGCAACUAAAGGAGGAUCUACAGUAUUUACCUGGCAAAUCAGAGGAAAAAGACAUCAGCGAAUUGCAGAUGCUCCUUGAAGAAAAAUCAGAAAAAAUAUCCACAAUGGCUUCUGAAAUUAAAAUGUUGCGAGAAAAAAAUGAAUCUCUUAUGAAAGCUAAGCUGCGUUUCCAGAAGCAGGUUCAGCAGAUAAGAAGCAUAUCCCAGCUUGGUCGUGAGAAAGAACCAACAGACCCCUUUGUGCCCCGGUUAUCUGGAGACUACAGAAAUUCACCUCAAAGUAAUGAGUCUGAAUCAGGAAGCCAAGGAUCAGUAACACCAGUCACUGGAACCCAAACUCCGGAAGGAUCAUGGACAGACUCCAGACCAUCCACCCCCAUAAACGCAAACAGUAUAACUGCUGCAUCUCCACUGAGGCUCAACAUCCCUAUGACAAUGGGUAAAAGCUGGAGGAAUUCUACAGAGGGUUCUUUAUUGAGUCCCAGGAGCCAUAGUGAAACUGAGGGGUCAGGUGACACGCGUGGUCCCCUUACUCCCAGAUCUGCAGCCCUCCUCUCCCCUCGGCCCUACCAGCCUCGAAACACAAAAUAACUGUAUAGUUAUGGAGAGAGCUAACAUUUCACAACCUAAUGAAAUGACAAAUAAUUGCUAAAUGCAUUAUUGCUGACAUGUUGGGCCCUGUAUACAAUACUGGUUUCAGUAAAUAAUAUGGCACCCUUGAUCACAAACAUUGACACAUCAUUAUGUUUGAUUCAUUUAUUUGCAAAAAAUGUUCAUUCUGCUAGUAUGCCCAUAUGGUUGAAGCAAACCCGUUGAAAUGAAUGAAAACAUAACUAGUCAUACAUCAAUUGGUACAUUGGUUGUAAAGCAACAACCCAGGAUGUGGACAAUUCAAAUUAAGGUUGGUAUCACCUGUAAUUGCUGCAUUAUAGAAGUGGUAAGAACCAGGAUGUCAGCAUGCAGUAUUUUUAUAGCUAAAGCGAUCUCAUGUGAUAGGGAAUUUCCCAGUAUAGAGCCUGCUUAUUAUUUAUCAGUCUUUUUACCAGAUAGGUAACGGAUACAGUAGCUUUGCACCACAUACUUUAACAGAGAUUUUUCCCAGCAAAGUGCUUUCCAUCCCAGGGAAGUAUUUCACUGUAGACGUGGAUUUGCUUCCUGGUUUAACCUGUGAUGAACGAUAUAGCUGAUACGUAGAUAGCAAAGUUCCUCAGUCAUACAUUUGUCUGAUAUUAAAUAUUGUUUUUUGUGGGAAUGAGAUAUCCGCAAAUAUUUUAUGAUAACCCCCCCCCCCCCCCCCCCUUCCCAGAGAGAAGUGUAUUUCAUAGACAAGGUCCCAAGACAACAGCAAAUACAAAACUAGUUCUGGGAAUAGAUGCACUGCACAAGUUGUUUAGGGGUAUAUAUGUUAGAGGGUAAUCAGAUGUAAGAGGUUAUUUCAAAAGAAAAUAUAUGGAAACAUCGGUGUGUAGGGUAUCUAAUAAAACAUAGAUUAAAACAUAUGUAUUCAUAUAUUAAAGGAUUUCCCACAUUCAAAUUAUCUUAAUAUUCUACUACAGUACGCUGUGCAUGGCCUCCUGAUACUCAUAAUAGAUAGAUUUAUUUCUGGUGUCUAUCUGUCCUUUUCAAUAUUGUCACUUAUAGGGCAAUGGAAAUACAUUAUUCUGAUAGCAUACUUAAAUACAAGGCAGGAAAUCAUGAAUGGCAAAACAGUAUAUUCUAUAAAAGUCACAAGAGAAUAUACACAAGUAAAUAAAGUUACCUGAAGGUGUAACCUCCUUUAAGUUGUACUAUUUAACAUACAGUAUAUGUGUUGUACAUGUUUAAUCUUUUUUAUAUUUAUUAUAAUCAUUUCACACAUAGAAAGCGUAAUCUGAUAUUGACACUGGUUCUAGCAUUGUAGUUAGUAAAUAAUAACCAGAGCUGCCCACUGACCUCUUCAGAGGGCGUUACAAUGGAAUUUAGGUGUUCUAUAAUUUCUAUUCUGAUUAUGAUGUUAGUUUUUGGAGCUAAAUUUUAGUUUGAUUAGCUAAAUGCAAGGUCAAACUGUAGAACAAAAGCACAAAGGCUGGUUUUAUAUGUGGGAUACAUUGAUAUAUAAGCAGAAUAUCUAUUUUCAUAUUUCAUUUACAAUAUGUUGAAAUAUAUUUAUGAUUUUGAUACAUAAA